AUGAAUAGCGAUAAUGAAUACAUUUCUGAUGAGAAAACCUAUGAUAAAUCCAUUUACGAUAAAACACCUAAUAUCCAAGCGCCUAAUUCCAAGUUAUUUGUACAUAUAGCUCAACCCAUCAUUGAAG